UCCGGCUAGCCCCCGCCCUACGCCGCCGCAAUCCAGCAACCCUCCCACCCCAUAUGGCACAUGGCAGCCCUCAACCUACGCCGCCGGCACGAUGAGGAGAAGACCAUUGUAAAUACUUCCACAUCUGGCCCUCCUAUCUCCCUCGAUGAUGAAUUCCCGAAGGCCACUGCUAUGGGACCUUUUGCAAGUUCAGGCUGGUCAGACCUCCGCAUCGAUCUCCUCAUCUGGAUACUGCAUCUCCUCGAGCUCCCCGAGGCCCUCGCCUUCCGUGCUGUCUGCUCGUCAUGGCGUUCUGCAUCUGUGGCCGCUGGCAGUGUCCCAUAUCGCCAGACGCCAUGGCUCGUGUCCUUGGUGGAGGAGCCUCUUCCGGCGGUGGAUCAGCAGCGGCGUGUGCGUCGUGGGUUAUGGGAUCCUGCUGCUACUACUGAGCUCCGCAACCUACUGGAUCCUGAUAGAACUUUUCAGGUCAGCUUUCCCAGGGGGCAGGCUGUGGCCUGCUGCGGCGCCUCCAAUGGCUGGUUAAUCAUGGCAAAUGAGCUCUCGGAUCUCGUGCUAUAUAACCCCUUCACCGCGGCGUUGAUCCCGCUCCCGCCAAUCACUGGUUUUGCGUCGUGCAUCGAGGGGGUCUACGGAGACGAAGGGAAGAUCGUGGGCUAUUGUUACGGGUGUUACAUGACGAAACAUGUUCAUGGUGUGCAGUCUCCCGGCAGGUGUUUCUACGACAAGGUUGUGCUGUCCGGUCCUCCGUCCACUUGUUGUGCCGUCGCUCUGGUCAUCCACCUGGACGGCAAGAGGCUCUCUUUUGCGAGGAUAGGAGACAGCCAUUGGCAACAAGUUUCAGUGAUCCAAAGAAGCGGGGAUAGCUUUGCAGAUUGUAUCUACCACCGCGGAAGGUUCUAUGCGGUGACAAUGGAAGGGAUAUUGAAGUCAUGGGACUUUGGUGGACCAGACAAACCGAGGAAGAAGACGGUCAUUGCCGAGGAUGACAACGACAUGUUCGACGACCCAGUUAUCACUAGGUACUUGCUUUCGACACCUUGGGGUCAUCUCCUGCAGGUGCGUGUCUUUCUUGACACGCUCCGUGCAAACAACGUCAGGAUUGAAAUAGACAGGUUGGACCUCAAGAGUCAGACAAGGGUAGCACAGAGCUCAGGGAAAGCUCUACGGGGACAUGCGGCAUUCGUCGGGCAGAAUAGCCCAGGCAUUUUAUCAUCCAAAGAAUUCCCCGACCUAAAACCAAAUUGUAUAUAUUUCACAACUCCUCGCCUCAGAAAGCGCCACCCUUUUGAGAAUCGCCAUAACCAAUGGAGCGGCGUUAAGGUCUAUGACCUGAAAAAACGGACGCUCGAGGCCGCUUUUCCGUCAGGUGGAGGUCAUUAUGGGACCAUCUGUCCAUUGGAAGUCUGGUUCACGCCCAGUCUAGUCUUAUAGACAUGCUGUAACUUGGUGGAAAUCUGCCUCGAGUUGAUGGGAAUCCCCUUCUUUCCGAAAUUGAGUCAUCUGUCUCCAUGAUAAUUUUCUCUUGUUUCUCUUUUGGCUGUUUUCAUGUGUUAGCGUCAUGGAAGAAGGUUGCCAGCAACAGACCUAUACCGUUGCUUCGCUCUUGGUGUUGGUUUUAUUACAUAGUGUAUGUGUUGGAUUGUUUCAGAGAAAAGUGUUGCAUGACAUGUAAAAUGUGAGUUCUGUGUAGCAGAUCAGUGAGUUGUGUGUCACUUGUGUGAAUGCUGGAGACCCAAGAGUCUACUAUUUUGUAGGAGUAGUUGUUUCACAGGUCCUAGUUCAAAAACACAUGUAUCAGGCGACCUGAAUAGAGACCCAGCUCAAUGUAGGUGCCUCAGGAUGCGUGCUUGUUUAAUCCUGAGGAGAUGUUGCUAAUGUAUGUUCUGUUGUGUUCAGGAUGUCUACUUGUUUGAUCCUAUUGUGUUGAGGAUGAUUUCUUUAUGGCUCGAGUGCUUCAUCAAAUCAUGUGGACUGGUCUUUUAGUUUUGAAAAUUUC